UAACAGAUUUGUGGGGAGAGUAGAGUUGGGUUGGGAAACAGCCGAAGACAAGUAAGUUAGUAUAAGAGGAGAUUGGUUUGGCGUACGUGCGCACUGCGCACCAGCUCAACUCACCAUGGACGCACGUAUCUCGAUGGAUUCUUCUCUACGGCCCAGCUAUUCCAGCCUGUUGCAGCGCAUGCACCAUCGCAUCACUCCCCCCUUCCCUUAAAAUCUACCCGCUCGUGUUCUCAAUCUCUCUGAUCUAUUUUUUUAGAUCAAUCAACCACUCUUUAUACUUUUUUUUCUUAUCCAUUGAAGAGGUGAACAUCUCUCGCCGGAAGGGCACAUGGAUCCUUGUCCUUUCGUGCGUCUCCUCGUCGGAAACCUAGCUCUUAAGAUUCCGGUGGCUUCUAAACCCUCUCGUUGCGGUGUGCAUCCUGUCUCAUCUCCUUGUUUCUGCAAAAUCAAACUCAAGAACUUCCCCCAACAGACUGCUAUCGUCCCCUUGAUUCCGCCGGAGAACCAGUUCCCGGACGGUCAACAACCUCACACCCUAGCUGCGAGUUUUCACUUGAGUAAAGCCGAUCUAGAGAAGCUCGCCGGUAAGUCUAUCUUCUCCUGGAAGCCUUGCUUGAAGAUUGCGAUCUACACUGGCCGGAGAGGGACUACGUGUGGUGUCAACUCUGGAAGACUCUUAGGGAGGGUUUCCGUGCCUUUGGAUUUGGCGGGAACGGAGUCUAGGGCUUCUAUUUUCCAUAGUGGUUGGAUUUCAGUUGGUAAAGAUGCCAAGGGAUCGUCCGUGCAGUUGCACUUGAAUGUGAGAGCGGAGCCUGAUCCUAGGUUCGUGUUUCAGUUUGACGGAGAGCCGGAGUGUAGUCCACAGGUCUUUCAGAUCCAAGGGAACAUCCGGCAGCCUGUCUUUACUUGCAAGUUCAGUUUCAGAAAUUCCGGCGACCGGAAUCAGUUGUCAAGAUCACCAAGCAGUUCAAGAAGCUGGUUAAGCUCAUUUGGAAGUGAGAGGGAACGGCCUGGGAGGGAGCGCAAGGGGUGGUCGGUCACGGUCCACGACCUAUCUGGCUCUCCGGUGGCGGUCGCAUCAAUGGUAACCCCGUUCGUUGCUUCACCUGGUUCAGACCGAGUCAGCCGAUCGAACCCGGGUGCUUGGCUUAUUCUACGCCCGGGCGAUGGAACUUGGAAACCGUGGGGCCGGCUCGAGGCCUGGCGCGAGCGAGGCAGCAAUGAUGGGCUUGGCUACAGGUUCGAGGUCAUGUCCGACACGAAUGGUGGCAUGAGUGCAGAUGGCAUCGUGCUUGCCGAGUCCACACUCGGCACUGGCAAAGGCGGCAAAUUCGUGAUCGACAUGAGUGGGAGUGGAAGGUCUACGCCGGCAAGUUCGAACUCGCCGGCGUGUAGCCCAAAGAGCAGUGGUGACUUUGGGUAUGGGCUGUGGCCGUACUGCAUGUAUAGAGGGUUCGUGAUGUCGUCAACGGUGGAGGGGGAAGGAAAGUGCAGUAAGCCGACAGUGGAGGUGAGUGUGCAGCACGUGAACUGCACGGAGGAUGCAGCAGCUUUCGUGGCGCUGGCUGCUGCCAUGGAUCUUAGCAUGGAUGCUUGCAGGCUUUUUUCUCAGAGGCUAAGGAAGGAGUUAGUCCAACAUCAGGACUUGCUGGGUUGAUGAUUCCGAUUGUUUUGUCGUCAUGUUAUUUUUUUUAAUUUUUUUUACCAUUUUUCAUUAUUUCCUUGAUUUUUAAGUGGUUUUGGCGAUAGGUUUUGUUUUCGUCACCGUGAGAUAGAGAUACUACUAACGGCAGCUUAGCUGGUUUUCUGUAAAAGCUGUACAGAGAGAGAGAGAGAGAGAGAGAGAGAGAGAAUUAGAUAAGGCAGUUUUUUUGUUUAAUUAUUUUUCUUGGAAGUUUGUAGGUGUCGUGACUUUGUGAAUUUAAUUGUUAUUUUGCGGUUGUAGUAAAUAGCUGACUCAGCUCCAGAAUUUGAUAAAGUUUUUUGUCGUUGUCGAGCUGGCAAAUGAAAAAUUAUUUUGAUA